CGCCGAACUGCCGGAAAGAAGCGAUAGCCGCCUCCAGCCUUCAGAGCUCGGCAGCUCUGUCCGUGUCCGGUGAAUUUCGUGUCUUCUACCCGACAAACUCGCCAGAGACCCGUCAGAUUGAGACGUGAGAGGCGGAGAGAGAGAGAGAGAGAGAGAGAGAGGGAGAAAGAUAGAGAGAGAGCUACAAUCAUCGCCAUUUCUCAUGCAAUCCGCUUUCUACGCUCCCCGCCAUUUCCAACCUCCACGGCAACCCGACAAAGCCCACUUCGAUUCUCAGCUUCCCUUCUCCAGAAACCUGAAGACCCACCUAAAGUUCCCAACUUUCACUAAUUCUUUAAGAGCCCCACUUCACUUUGAGCCCGGGGAAGAAGAGCGGGAAGUGAGAAAAGAUUCUUCUCCUCCGGGCGGACCCAAUUCGCUCGUUAGGCUUCCCGUGGUGGUUACGAGGUCCAGCGAGGUCUCUAGGUACGUGUGGGACGGGACUUGUUUGCGGCUCGUGAGUUUUGGUGGCGUCGGGGGUGGUGGCCGUGCGGCAGCGCCGUUCUGUCUCGAUGACUUAGGUGGCGGGGCGAGAAGGGCAGCUAGGGUUUGUGGGGCGGCGGUUAGGGAUUUCUUUUUGCCGAAGCAGGUGAGCAGUAACUAUGUGAAGUAUGUGAAAUGGAAGUUCUUGCACAGAGUGUUCAGCUCUGCUCUUCAGGUUCUUGCCACUCAGGCAAUGUUCCGAGCUAUAGGAAUUGGGUACUCCCGUUCCCUUCCAUCUGCUGCUGCUCUGAAUUGGGUCUUGAAGGAUGGCCUCGGUCGUCUUAGCCGAUGCAUUUACACAGCUAGCCUUGCAUCAGCAUUUGACACCAAUUUAAAGAGGGUUCGGUUCUCCACUUCUGUUCUCUUCAGUUUGAGCGUCGGUUUAGAGCUUCUGACUCCCACAUUCCCGCAAUACUUCCUGCUUCUGGCUUCCAUAGCCAACAUUGCCAAGCAAAUCAGCCUUGCCUGCUACUUAGCCACUGGUUCUGCUGUUCACCGAAGCUUUGCCAUAGCAGAUAACCUCGGUGAAGUUUCUGCAAAGGCACAAAUUCAAUCAGUUUGCUUCGAUAAUGUCGGGCUUGCGCUAGCUGCGUUGCUCAAUAUGCUAUUCAAGAAUAACCAGAGAUUGCUAGCAGCUUUACUGUUUGCUGUAUACCCAAUUUUCACAGCUAUAGAUCUUCUUGGAAUAUAUCAGGGGCUGAAGCAUGUUCAUCUGCAAACAUUAACUAAGGGCAGGCUCGAGAUUAUUCUGAACAAUUGGAUCGAUUUUGGCUGUGUGCCUUUACCUGCUGAAGUGAGUAAUGAGGAAGGGAUUGAUAUCUUUAAUGUCAAAGGAAAACGAGUUUGGCCUGUCAGAAUAGGCUGCUUAGGUACAAAGGUUAAGAUUCCUGAAUUAUCAAUGAUGACGAUGAGGUCCAUCAGCAGUAAAGAUUAUUACUUCAUCUGCUUGGAAUCGUACAGCAGACUAAACCAAAGCGAGAAGCAGAACAUCCUUGUUUGCCUUCGAGAAGGUGCUGCCACAUCAGAUAUAAUUGCAGGCUUGUUGCAGGCAUGUUAUGUUCGAAAGACUCUGCUCAAGAACAGGACUUUCUGGGAUCGAAGUCUAGACUCCUAUGCUUCCGACGCAAUCUCAAAGGAGUGGUUCAGAGUGACUGAGGACAGUCGGGAGCGUGCCAAAAAGGAUCUUCCAAUGGUAAGCGAGCAGAUCUCGGCAGCGGGCUGGGCAGUCAAAAAUGUUCUGUUGAGUACAGAGGAGCAGCUUAGGUACAGUUUUGUAGAUGAUUGAACAUGAAGGCUUGUCGAAAAAGAGUUCUCUGGUUAGCCUUGUAAUCUCACUGUGCAUUUUUUCAGUUAAUGAAAUGGAACUACCAAGUCUUGUUGGUCAUAUUUCGCUUUCA